UUCGCUGCGUCAACAAGGUUUUCUAAGUCAUCGAAAGUAUUCGUCAUUUGUAAUUCCCCGGGAGCUUCACAGAUGGUGGGUGCUGGCAGGACGCUGGUGUUGAUGGCUGUGUUCCUGAGUGUGGCCCAGUCUCUUCUACCUUCGGUUAUCUUAGAGGCGGUGGCUCCUGAGGUCCUUCAGGCGGUGUUAGUCAGUGAGUGGCAUCCUCGCUGUUCCCUCAUCUUCCUUACUGACGGCCAUCCUUCAGCCCUCACAGUGUUUACGGAAUUUAGGUCAAUAUCACCUCCCUGGGGUGUGGCGCUGUUCGAGGUGGCAGUGGACGGCCAGGACGCUAACGUGACGCAGGCACAGCUCUCCCGGGUGGUCGACGAGGCUCGGCGGCUGCGGCAGGUGUCAUGGUGCGUGACGGUGGUGGUGGUGAGCGACGACCCAGCCUUCCUCGCCGCCUUCGCCGAGUGGUCCCUCAAGGGCCGCCUCCUGGUGUGGCCAACGAGGCUCCUCGUCGUCACCCGCCUGCCCCUCCCGGAGCUGCACUACCUACACAAGUUACUCUCCACGACCAACUCCAUGUUGCUUAUGGUCCAGGAUACUUCAGGGAAAUUUAGAUGCAGUGUGUACAUGUACUUACCAUACAGCUCACCAGAAGACAGGGCUCUGAGUCUUGCCUCCUGGACGCCUCGCCGAGGUCUAACCCUUGCCACCCAUCUCCCACUUUUCCCUGACAAAUACACCAGAUUCUUAGAACGACCAACGCUGGCUGUGGCAACGGAAGCGUUACACUCAAUAGAGGUAAAGAAGAAAGGCAGGGAUGGUGAACACACAGACAACAUGGUGGACUACUUGGGCAAGGCGCUCAAUUUCACAGAAUUCAACGACAAGGGUUUUGUGGUCCACAAAACAGUUCAACCUUUCUCAUGCAUUGGUUUAGAUCAUACACAUGAACUGGUCAACCCAUAA